GAUAAGGACUUUGUAUUUACACAUUUGAGGUUGAUUAAUUAUCAACUUUACGUCAAUAUUUAAGAUUGGGAUUGUACGAGUAUACGAGUUAAUGAUGAUGGAGACUAAUAUGUUAAAAGCAAAAAAGUGUAAAUUAUUAACUAUUUGUAUUUUAUUGUUCGCUGUAAAAGGAGUACUCGCUGAAUAUCACAUGCAAAACUUCUGCAAUGAUGAAUUAAGUUUCAUCUGGGAAACAAUCUAUCAGGCAAAGCUCGACCUCUCGGAUGACAACAUCUAUGAUACAAAAAGCGACAUCUACCCGUAUGACAGACUGGGCUUUUGUGAGAUGAGCCUGGAAGCUUGGAUUACAAGAUAUCCUAAAUUUAUGUUCUAUUUUGAUUACCUUAACCUGGAUUGCGACGAUGGUCAUCUGGAAUUUUACAUUGGCGAAAGCAAUACUGGCUAUGCUAAUAUCACACGAGUAUCCGGAUUACAGGGUAACAUAUGCGGAACUGAUAAGCCUGUCGGAGUUUUCGCAGUGGACAUGCAACAUUUCCGGAUAAAGUACGUCCCGAAAAGGAGACAAUCUUUAACAAAUUUAUUUUCCAUCAUCAUCACAAGCUACGGUGACGGAUCGUGUCCAAGCUAUGGACAUGUUUGUAAAAACUCCCGGUGUAUAGAUGGCGACAUCGCGUGCAAUGGCUAUGACUCGUGCGGUGACGACUCUGGCUGCGACCUUGGCACGGCUGCUAUAGUUGGUAUUGUGAUAGGUGGUGUGGCUGGUUUGGCUAUGAUCAUUAGUUUAGCGGUUUGUUGUUUCUGUUGCAUGAAAAGAAGUGGAAUCAAAGCUGGGACAAUACAGAACCUUCCAACUUCCGGUGCAAAUCCAAAUGUGUACAACCAAGUACAAGUGGUCAAUCAGGGGUCGCCUUACACUUACCCGGAUGUAAAUUCAACAAACGUGGUGCAGCAGAGCAACAUCCGCCCAAUUUAUGGUUUCAACCCAUAAAUGUACAUGUAUUUACCGUCUGACUAUUCUUUCCAUUGAUUACAAUCACAAGGGCGAAAUGAUCUAAGUUAUGUAUAAACUAACAUGAUAUGACAUAUACGGGAAUGUUUUCUUAUGUUGCCAUAUAUAUUCCGACAUUAUUCUUUAUUGCCAAUCAUGAGAACAUUCAAAUACACAGAAAAUAUAAUAUAAUUAAGUGAGAUUAUUAUAGAAUGUGUAUCAUAGUUUGGAGACCUUUCUAUCAAAAAAAUGCCAAGAGUUAAUUCUACACCCAAACAUGCACAGAACGUAAACACGAGUGCAGGUAUUAGUUACCCACACUCUAGUUAAUACACUGUUUGUCCGGGUCAAAAAAUUGUCAGCUGCAUUUUCCUGGGGUUUACUUAUUACAAAACAAGAAAUGUGUAAAAAAAUCAUAUUUAGAUACUUUUAGAUUGGUUCAUUUAUAUAUUCUGGGGUUUUAUAUUGUGGUGUCAUGAAAAGUGUUUAUAUUUUUAUGCCCCCUCAUACAAAUCAGAUAACCUCGUGUUUCGACAUGCAACACUUUUUACUACAGAAGGUUGAUAUUUAGGAAAUAAUGUGCUUGCCAGUCCUCCGUGAACGAAUAAAUGGAUGCCAAAUAAUUAGUAUUGUAUCUGCAGAUAUUGGUUUCGUUUGUUUUAUCCUUUUCAAUGCACAUUUAUUGGAUUGUGCAAAAAUUCACCACUCUAGAUUGUUCAUCUUUGAAGUGUUUCAUUAUAAAAAAAAGUUUUAAUAAAAAGACUCAUAUGUCACUUUCUUCUUUCUGUAAGAUUAAACAAAUCACCUUUGACAUAAUGCAUAGUCAAACUUGAGUUUAACCCUUACUAUGCUAUACAUAAUGGAUUUCUCCCAUCUUUGAAUCUGGACAAAACCAUUCGUCAUUAUAGGGAAAAUUUCAAGAUAAAUAUUGGCUGUACGUGUGUGCCGUUUGUUCUGCACGUGUCACAUGGGUAUAUUUGGAAGCCGCCAGCAGGCUAAGGGUUAAAAAUAAAUCAAUGGCAGUUUUUGUUGUAGCAUUUGUAACACUUUGAUGGUCUAAGUAUUUCAUUUCUCUUGUAACGGCAUUGGAAGUUUCAAACUAAACGUUUUAAAAUUGGGACGCAAUCUCUGUUGACCAUUAUGUAUUAACACGUUGAGAAAAGUUUGCCAUGCUGGGAAUUGUCACGUAACGCAACUGGUGAACAUUUUACCAGUUGUCGAGUUAUUAAAUUGAUAUUGGUUUAAAAACAUUUAUUUAAUCUUGUGAAACAAGUUCUUGCAACUUAUAUUAAUCACUUUUGAGUACUCUUCUUGGAACCCAUCAGUACUGGUGUCAUAUGAAGAAACGUGGUCGUUACCCGAUUGGUUGAGAGGCAGACACCUUAACCACCGCUCCCCUUAAAUUGAUAUUGUUUUCUUAUUUCGACUAUCAGCAAUGUUUUAAAGUAAACUCGUAAAGAUUUCAACUGGUUAAAAUAAAUGAUUAUCAUAAAUACCA